CCAUUUGAAAGUCCUCGUGUCGGGAUAUGAAGUCCUGGAGCGCCACAGAGGCAACGGCAGUAAGCUGGAGUGUUGGAGGGAAGAGGUAGACGACGGGGAGAAGAAGGAGAGAAUCCGAGUCAACAGAGACUGGAGUGAUUUUUACGUUUAUUUUCUUUUUUACCAAGAGAGACAAGUGGAGGCAGCGAUGCAGGGCUCUCACUGGGAGUGCGAGGUGUGUCUGAAGCCGUCGGGGUGCCAUGGCUCUGGUUCAGGCACUACCCGUGACCGUGACUGACCACCCCAAUCCUGGUCUCGAAGUCCAGCAGUGUCGGCCGCUGUCGUCCCACUCCCCCUCGGGACCCUGCCCUGGCCCCUGUGGGCCCUGCAGCUCUGGGACAACCAUGGGUUCUGUCAGCAGCCUCAUAUCAGGCCGGACCUAUCAGGAGAGGCACUGUCGGGCCGCCAGCGAAUUCACCACCAAGUCACGUCGCUCCACGCCGGCGACCAGCUGCUUCCGGCUCCAGGAUAACACUCUCCGCAGCGGGAGCUCCCUGGAGCAGCUGCUGGUCGUCAGCAACCAAACGCUUCCCCAGGCACAUGUUGUGCCUCCACCGCUGCCCACCAAGAAGCAGCCCCGGCCUGGUAACUCUGCCGGGACAGGUGGAAACUCUGCCGGGGCAAGUACUGGAGUGGUCGCUGGAGCAGUAGGUGGUGGCACUAAUGGGAACUUUGGGCAUGUGAGCAAUGAGGUGGUGGUUGGAGACUGGAAUGAGAAUGUGGUAGUGGCAGCUGCAAGCCCCUGCAGUGACUCGGAGGACCAAAGGGACAACAGGACACUGAACGGCAACAUUGGAGGGCCUCCUCCAAAACUCAUCCCAGUAUCCGGACAGUUAGAGAAGAACAUGGAGAAAGUGCUGAUACGUCCUACAGCGUUCAAACCUGUCGUUCCCAAGAAUCGUCACUCUGUGCAGUACUUGUCACCACGGCCGGGGGGCAGCAGUCUGUCAGAGAGCCAGGCCAGCCUCAACCUCCUGCUGCCCCUCAGUGGACCAAACAACGCCAGCGGCUCCAACGGCAUCGGAGGGAGCAGCAGUUCUAGUUCUGAAGGGAAGCGCAACUCCUACAGCGGCUGCCGCAAUGCUCGCAGCAGCCAGUCCUGCUCCAUGUCAGAUUCAGGCAGGAACUCCCUCUCCAGCCUCCCUACCCACAGCAGCACAGGCUACAGUCUGGCCCCCAGUGAGGGCUCCAGCUCUGGGUCUGCCUCUGGGGGCCAGCUGGAGCCUGUGACAGGCCGUAACACUUCAGGUGGAAGCGGGAGCCACGGCCACACUAACUCAGACAGUGGACGUUCAUCUUCCAGCAAGAGCACAGGCUCGGGGUCGCUAAGUGGGCGCGGGCAGCCCCUGUCAGACAGCGGGUCAUGUGGUCACUCGCCGCCACCCGUGGAGGGCUAUGAGGCGGUGGUGAGGGAGCUGGAGGAGAAGCUGAAGGAACGAGACCUGGAGCUCCAGCAGCUCCGGGAAAAUCUGGAUGAGAAUGAGGCUGCCAUAUGCCAGGUGUAUGAGGAGAAGCAGCGUCGCUGUGAAAGAGAGAUGGAGGAGCUGAGACAGAGCUGUGCAUCAAAGAUGAAGCAGGCUUCUCAGAAGGCCCAGAGGGCGCAGCAGGUCCUGCAGUUACAGGUAUUUCAGCUCCAGCAAGAGAAAAAGAAGCUGCAGGAGGAUUUCUCCUCUCUGCUGCAGGACAGAGAGACACUGGAAAGAAGGUGCGCCACCAUCCAGAGGGAGCAGACCCAGCUAGGACCACGCCUGGAAGAGACGAAGUGGGAGGUAUGUCAAAAGUCAGGAGAGAUCUCCCUCCUGAAGCAGCAGCUGAAGGAGAUCCAGUCGGAGCUCUCCCAGAAGGCCGGAGACAUUGUGGUUCUGAAAGCCCAGCUGAGAGAAGCCCGUUCUGAACUGCAAGCUUCCCAGGCUCGAACCCAGGAGGCAGGGACGGCCCUGCGGACUCGAUCUCUGGAGCUAGAAGUCUGCGAGAACGAACUCCAGAGGCGCAAGAGCGAAGCCGAGCUGCUCCGGGAGAAAGUGGGCCGUUUGGAAGAGGAGUCAUCCCGCCUCCGAGACACUCUGUCCAAUCACAGCGGACACUCUCUACCUGGAAAUAUGACCAUGAAGGGGCAAUGCAUGAGCCUCUCACUCCCGCUGGGUAGAGGUAUGACAGGGAGGGGUGGUCCAAGUCCAUCUUUGUACCGGGAUGUGGAGGAGACUCAUCUGGUCUGGGGAGGGGAGAGUGAUGAAGCCAAGGCUCAGAGGCAGAAUGCAGAAGCAGUGCUGGGAUUCAGACAACAGGUUGACAGGCUGAAGGCUGAACUCAUGUACGAGAGGAGGACUAGCGAGGAGCAACUCUCACGGUUUGAGGAUGAGAGGAGGGUGUGGCAGGAGGAGAAGGAAAAGGUAAUCCGCUACCAGAAACAGCUGCAGCAGAACUACAUCCAGAUGUACCGACGAAACCGGGAUCUUGAGCGCGUGAUGCGGGAGCUGAGUCUGGAGUUGGAGAGCAGGGACAUGGAGGACUAUGAGGUCCACAGUGGCAGCAACGACAUCCACUUUGAGGAAAUCACCGCCACUGAGAUCUAAAAAAAACACACAUUUACAGUACUAUGUGCACAGAAACAUGGAAACAUAACUCACAAAAUACUCUGAGGAUGUAAACCAAACAUUGAACUCCAGGCCAAAUACUGCACUACCUUCAACAUGGCUUUACCUGGACCACUAAACGAGCACUCACCACUCGUCACUGUCAAAAGGGAGGUCUCCCAAAGGUGCAUUCUUACUUCCUGUACCCCAAUAAAUCCCUAUAAUGUGUCCACUCCGAUGCUUUUGAGGGGUUUUUAUUCCACUACAAAGCCAGCACAAAGACUUCUUUCCUUCUGUGGGAGCAAAAGCAGCGAAGAAAGUGUUUCUUUCACAGACCAUGUUCAAAUCAGGGUAUUGAAAAUCUGCGGGAACUUAAAGCAAAAAAUUUUACUACAGGCACAGCAGUCUGGUCAAAGUGCAGUCACACCUUUUCUCGGUAGCACACAAGGCUUAAUGCCCGGCCACCAGCAUGCAUGUAAUGAUGCAUCAUGUCAGCAGUCCCAUCAACACCACCGCUGCUUGGCUAUUAAUAAUGAUCUCAUCACCCGUCCAAACAACAGCUGUACUAGUCCUCUACUGAAGGGAAAGUAACACCAAAUAUUACAACAUCUGCUGUAUGUUAUGGUGUUCAGAGGAUCAGCAGUUCAUUUCAUUUCAUGAGAAAAAAGGCAAAAAAUAUUUUUGUGCUUGUGCUCCAUUUCCUCAACAGAGUGUUUGAAAAAAGAAUGUAUUGUGACUGUUGUCCCUCCGGAGAUUUGGAGUAUAUAUAGUCAUCACCUGCGAUGAAAGAAUCUGCUCAUUGAGGGAAACAUGAUACCAUUUUGCACAACCUCUCUUUGCCCUUUUGUGUGGGAUACAACUGUCACUCUUCUGGAGGAAAUCAUCAAACUUCAACAAACCAUUUUUGGCAUUCACAUGUGGACAUCCGACUUUUGAAAACCACAGAGGACACAGAGACUAAACGUUCAAAGAAAGAACGCUGCUUGUGUUUUCUAGAACACCAACAGUCUGCUGGGCUCCUUCAGACAACGCAGAAAGCUCUGACAUAAACAUUUACAUUUUACAGUUAUGUAGCACUUCGAAACAGACCAUAGCAUGGGAGAUAUCACCAGGAUGCUGCUGAUUCUCGUCUUUCUCUUUCUAUUUCUGUCCCUCUGUCUGCUCUCUCUUUCCAUCUCUAUCUCUGCUUCUUACUCAACUAUUUUUAACAGUCUGCAGUCGGUAUCAGGAAACUAAAAAUGGAGCACAUUCUUUCAGUUAGUUUGUGACGUCACUGAGAGAUUUAAGGCAUGCUUAUUCAGAGUUUCCGUUUAUUCUCCUUCAUUUCCAUUAGUGCUCUUUUUUUUUUUUUUAGCUUUUGGCAGCCCAGAGCCAAAUAACACUUUUUAAAGUCUUCCUAGUCUCCCCUAGACUAUAAUCUUCACUGACUGCUAUACAGGUAGCAAGACUGGCAUGUCUGCAUGUCUUUGUUAUAUCAGAUUUCAGAAGAAGCCGGUUCAGAUAGAGGUGAGAUGAGAGUUUGCAGAUGCAGUAGCUCCAGCGCUGAAUGUCCAUAAGGCAGGUCAGUUGUUGAAGCCCUUAAUGUAAAGCAGUGAGGAGCAUGUUGACAUUUGAAGUUGUUUUCUCAUAGAUGCAGGGCUGUGUGUAACACUGAGAACAUGAAGAGAAGAAGUGGGCUGAGAA